UAUUAAGACUACAAGACGUCUUGUUCUUGGCCACCUUUCUCAAGGAGAUACAGCUGCUGGCGCGUGACUUUUUGGAGAACUACAUAUUCUUGGCGGUGGGCAGAGUGGGCUCCACUUCGGAGAACAUCACACAGAAGAUUGUGUACGUACCAGAGAACGACAAGCGCUCGUUCCUGCUCGACCUGCUGUCUGCCGCUUUCCACGACAAAAACAAUCCGUCGCUGACGCUGGUGUUUGUGGAGACGAAGCGCGGCGCCGAUUCGUUACACGACUUCCUGCACGACGCCAACUACCCGGCCACCUCCAUCCACGGCGACCGUUCCCAGAAGGAGCGCGAGGAGGCGCUGCAUCUCUUCAAGUCAAAGUCGACACCGAUCUUGGUGGCCACAGCUGUGGCGGCGCGUGGCCUGGACAUCCCCCACGUGACACAUGUCAUUAACUACGACCUGCCCAGUGACAUUGAGGAAUACAUCCACCGCAUCGGUCGUACCGGCCGUAUGGGCAAUCUCGGUCAGGCUGGCCCGUCGUUUUUCAACGACAAGAACCGCAACCUGGUGAAGGACCUGGUUGAAGUGGCUGAGUGACGCCAAGCGGAGAUCCCCAGCUGGCUGGAGAACCUGUCCGCCGAGUUGAAGCACUUUGGCGGCAGCAAGCGAGGAGGUGCAAAUACCCGUCCAG